CUUAAUCCUUUCAUAUCAUUAUUCAUUCUUGUGAUCUCUAAAUGGUUUUAAAACAUUUGCAAGUCUGAGCUUGACAGCAGAGUGUGGUUCCAGUUUUUCAGAAUAGCUCUAUGGACUUAUUACACCUUCUCAUUGCCUACUUUCUGCAAGAGUCCUUCAGGUACCAAAACCUUUGGGCACUGUUACAGUGACAGAGGCACAAUCUUUCUUUUGUAAGAUUCAAGGAUAACUUGACACAGUUCAGGAUGCACUCCCAGGGUCAGCUUAUUCCAAAGUGCGCUGAGGUAGGAAUAACAGUAGAUGCUUAUCCUAAUAUUUUUAUUCACUUUGUCUUCGCAUGUUAAAACAUGGAGGUUCACAGUAAUGGUCAGAGCUGAAUUCUUCCUCCUAUCUGUUGUUCUUGUAAUGAUCCAGCAGAGAAGAAAUAACAGAACAUUGGGAAUGGUUAGAACACAAUGUUAUGAAGACUUUAUCAGUAUUUGAUUCAAAUGAAGACAUUACGAGCUUUGUCCAGGGAAAGAUAAGAGGUUUGAUUGCUGAAGAGGGAAAAGAUUCUUUUGUAAAAGAAGAUGAUCCUGAGAAGUUUCGUGAAGGUCUUAUGAAGUUUGAGAAGUGUUUUGGAUUACCAGAGCAAGAGAAGUUGAUUACCUACUACUCGUGCAGUUACUGGAAGGGCAGAGUCCCCUGUCAAGGAUGGCUGUAUCUUAGUACCAACUUCCUUAGCUUCUACUCAUUUUUGCUUGGAGCAGAAAUAAAACUUAUUAUCUCCUGGGAUGAAAUAUCAAAACUUGAGAAAACUUCCAAUGUGAUUCUGACAGAGAGCAUUCAUGUGUGCUCCCAUGGGGAAGAUCAUUAUUUUUCCAUGUUUUUGCACAUUAGUGAAACAUUCCUUCUCAUGGAGCAGCUGGCAAAUUAUGCAGUUAGAAGACUUUUUGACAAGGAGACAUUUGAGAAUGAUCCAGUCCUUCAUGACCCUCUGCAAAUCACCAAGAGAGGUCUGGAGAGCCAUGCCCACAGUGAGCAGUUUAGUGCAUUCUUCAGGCUACCUAAAGAAGAGUCCUUGAAGGAAGUUCAUGAAUGCUUCUUAUGGGUUCCUUUCAGUCAUUUUAACACCCAUGGGAAAAUGUGCAUUUCAGAAAACUAUAUCUGCUUUGCUAGCCAGGAUGGCAGCCUGUGCAGUGUAAUCAUUCCAUUGAGAGAGGUCACAGGGGUGGAUAAAGCAGAUCCAGCUAACAGAGGAGUCAUCAUUAGUACCAAAGGGAAAACAGCUUUUCGUUUCAUAGAGGUGAGAGAUUUUGGACUGCUUGUGGCAAAGCUCAGAAUGAAAUGCAAUGCAGCUGCAAGUCCACAACACAUCGUUGCAACUGGUUCUGCCACUGACAGUCCAAAGGAUUUUGGUGCAGGACAGUCAAAGAUGGGCCAGAGAGAUAACAGCAAAACUGUCAGUACAGAAGCACUGAUGACUGUCUACCAUCCUCAGGAUGCUGAGAACCUUGACUCUAAAAUGUUGAAAGAAAAAAUGAAGGAACAGUCGUGGAACAUCCUGUUUGCAGAACGGGGCCGUGGGGUCAGUAUGUUUCGAACAAAGAAGACUCGAGACCUAGUUGUAAGAGGCAUCCCAGAGGCAUUAAGAGGAGAACUCUGGCUGCUCUUCUCAGGUGCUGUAAAUGAUAUGGCAUCUAACCCUGGUUAUUACCCUGAGUUGGUGGAAAAGUCCUUAGGAACGUGCACUUUGGCUACUGAUGAAAUUGAACGAGAUUUACGUCGCUCCUUACCUGAGCAUCCUGCUUUUCAAAGUGACACAGGAAUUUCUGCCCUCAGGAGAGUUCUUACAGCUUAUGCAUUCAGAAAUCCACAAAUUGGAUAUUGUCAGGCAAUGAAUAUUCUGACAUCAGUGCUUCUGCUGUAUGCUAAAGAGGAGGAAGCAUUCUGGCUUUUGGUUGCUGUGUGUGAAAGGAUGCUCCCUGAUUAUUUCAAUCGCCGAAUCAUUGGUGCCUUGGUAGAUCAGGCAGUGUUUGAGGAGCUCGUCAGGGUUCACCUGCCUCAGUUGACAGACCACAUGACGAACAUGACUUUUUUCUCCUCGGUCUCUCUCUCCUGGUUCCUUACCCUUUUUAUCAGUGUGCUGCCAAUUGAAAGUGCAGUCAAUGUGGUGGACUGUUUCUUCUAUGAUGGAAUAAAGGCAAUAUUGCAGCUGGGCCUUGCAGUGCUGGACUACAACAUGGAGAAGCUGCUCACUUGUAAGGACGAUGCAGAAGCAGUCACUGUUCUCAACAGAUUUUUUGACAGUGUCACUAACAAAGACAGUCCUUUGCCUCCAGCUGUGCAGCAGGGCUCCAAUCUCAGUGAUACUAAGAGUGACCAUCCAAAAGUGGACAUCACUGAUUUGAUCCGAGAGUCAAAUGAAAGAUACGGUGAUAUUUGCUAUGAGGAUGUUGAGAGCUUGCGCUGCAGGAACAGGCUUUAUGUGAUCCAGACCUUGGAAACUACGACCAAGCAGAAUGUGCUACGUGUUGUGUCUCAAGAAGUAAAAUUCAGUCCUAGUGAUCUUGAAGAGCUUUAUGAAUUAUUCAAGAAAGAGCAUUUUCUUUCCUGUUACUGGAGUGUAAACAGUUCUGUCCUGCAACAUCACGAUGCCAGUCUGCCCUACCUUGACCAGUACCGGAUUGAUUGCCAACAGUUCAGGGUUCUCUGUCAUCUCUUGAGCCCCUGGUCACACUGUGCAAACAGAGACUCUCUGGCCCUGUGGACAUUCCGACUGAUGGACGAGAACUCCAACUGCCUUAUAAACUUCAAACAAUUUGCCUGUGUUCUUGAUACGAUGUAUAAUGGAAGCUUCACUGACAAACUCAAGCUUCUUUUUAAGGUGCAUAUCCCUCCAGCUUUUACUGAAGUAGAAUCUCAAAGUCCUUCCAAAGGGAAUGAUCUUUCAAGAGAAGAACUGAUCCACUUCAGCCAACUCAGUGUUUCAUCUGUUGGGGAUAAUCUUGAAAGUGAUUCUUUGAAGAGCAGCCCAGAAAAAGGGAAGGGGAAGGUUGAUAUUCAGGCAUAUCUGAAACAAUGGCAAGAUGAACUUCUUAAAAAAGAAGAAAAUGUCAAGGAUUUGCCAAGAAUGAAUCAGUCUCAGUUCAUCCAGUUUUCAAAAACUCUCUACAAUCUGUUCCAUGGGGACCCUGAGGAGGAACUGUUGUAUCGGGCUAUCGCAGUGGUGACCAGCCUCCUGCUGAAAAUGGAAGAAGUUGGCAGAAAACUGCAGAGUCCCAUGUCAUCUGUCAGAAGUCCAGCUGCUGUUACAGAAAUGGCUGCUGAAGUGCCCAGAGAGAGGCAGGAGGAAAGCAGCUUUGAGCAGACUGAAGACAGUAGAGCACAGAGUUUGGAAGCGAACCAUGAGUGGUCUUUUGCCUUUGAACAGAUUCUGGCAUCCUUAUUAAAUGAGCCAGCCUUUGUGAGAUUUUUUGAAAAACCUCAUGACAUAAAAGCUAAAAUAGAGAGUGCUAAAAAUUUACAACUUAAAGCAAGAACCAGAGUGUAAUUUUCUUUACAUUUGACUGAAUUAAUCACAUGAAGUGCUUACAAAUGAAGGCUGUAGCUUUGGAAAUACAGUCUGGUGUUCAAAUAGGGAAUGAAGUUUGAAGAAUUACCUUGAAGUAUCAAUUAUUGGUCUGUAAUGUAAAUAAAACAGUUUGAAGCACAGUCACUUUCUUGCAUUGUUCAUAAGUUUCACUCCAGAAAAAGGGACUGAAUAAUGAACUGUCUUUACCAUGUUAUUAAAACAUGCAGCAUUGCUUGGAGAUGCUGGAUGUGUACCUGUUGCAAACCUGUGUGAGAGACUGUUAGAGUAGGUGUUCUUCAGGUUCUUUUCUAUUACUGUGAUAGAAGGAAUGACUUUUUCCCAUUUUCACUUUAAAGGAGUGUCAACAGCUUGGAGGUUGUCUUCCACAUUAUUAGUCAUUAGUUAUUAGCUAUUUCCAAAUUGAUUGUGGACUGGGGUCAAAGCAGGCUGAAGACUUAAGAACAGAGGCUGUGGUAGCACAAGACCAUGAGAUUAGAAAAGGAAGUUGCCCUGCUCAUAAUUCCUCUGCUUUACUGUGUUACGCAUGGGUCUGGACUCUAGUAGAUUCCAGCUCCUCUGUCCCAUUUUCAUUUGUCCUUGUACAAAUAUAAGGUGAAAAAGAUGGAAGCUUAUUUGGUAAUCCAGGCUGCACAAGGAUGCAGAAACUAAUACUGGUUGUUUAAAAUGAAGGGAAAGCAGUGGCUAAAUCUGUCUGACCACAUGGUAGUUGUACUUUAUCUGGCAAGAGGAGCCAUUGUUGGCUUCUUAGGAGCAUGUUGAUGAAAUGCAGUUUUGCUGGUGUUUGGAAAGUCCAAGCACAGGCCAUCUGUAGCCUAGUGUUGACUAUUGAUCUGCUUAGGGACAGAUUGCAGUUGCUUCUUUGCCUAUACUGAGUUUAUAUCUCAACCCAGUAAUUACUAUUGCUUUUCUGUAACAUUCUGGAUUAUUGCUGCUGUAAUCUUUUCCAGCAUUCAAGGCAACAAGAAAAUCCCCUUGAAUCUGACUUGAAAUUUUAAAAAAGAAAAUAUGAUUUAGUAGAGAUCUUGUGGAGGAAAGCUCUGCCAGUGUAAAAGCUAAGAAACGUUGACCUUGAAUCUUUGGUAGCUGGUGCUAGAAGGCAUUUAGAGAAGAGUAAGAGCUUGUAUUUUAACAAUAAUAGCAAAGUAAGGGGAGAGUCUGUGCUAAACUAGUUUAAAAUGUCUGCUUCUAAAGCUUGUAUGACAAUCUUUCUCUGCAGAGCAGCAUUAUUUUUAUACUGUGCAUAUUGUCAUAAGAAGCAGAAUUGAGAUGGUAUCCUGAGGCUCUUCACUAGUGUGAAUGAAGAAUAAAAUAAAUUUCUGACUGUGUUACAGGCACUUCGUGAAAUGCCAUCACUGCAGUUGGUUUUAAAUGUAUGAAUUGUUUUACACACUCCUCAAUACUCUCAGGUAUUAAUGUAAAAUAAAGUUUUACUGAAGAAGUCCAAAA